AUGGAUAUUCGCCAUCGAUUUACGAGUGAACGAAGUGAUGGCCUAUAUCUGCAACAUGUGGAUGACCAGCAGGAAGAAAGACCUGUAUCUAGGAAACGAUCGCAAUGGCCUGGAGCUCUCUUAGCUUUGCAAUUGUUACUCUUUGCUAGAAUAAUUGCAGCUUUAACCGUUCAUGUUACUGAUUGUGAUGAGACUUUUAAUUAUUGGGAACCGAUGCAUUAUAUGCUAUAUGGAAAUGGACUGCAAACGUGGGAAUAUUCGCCUCAAUUUGCAAUUCGAUCUUAUGCAUAUGUGCUAUUGCACGCUGUGUUUGCAUGGCCCGUUCAAUUCUUAUCAUUAGACAAGAUUUAUGCCUUUUAUCUUGUCAGAAUAUGGCUAGGAGUUUGCUGUGCUGUUUCAGAAGCUUAUUUCUACCGAGGAAUUAGCAAAUUUUUCGACGCAAGAAUGAGUCGAUACACUUUGGUGUUUCUCUUGAUCGGUAGUGGAAUGUAUAUUUCUAGCGCCGCUUUUUUGCCUAGCAGUUUCACUAUGUUGACUACCAUGGCUGCUUAUGGUGCACUCUUUCAUGGAAACUAUAAGAUGUUCAUAUUUGCCAUUGGCUUAGGAACCUUGUGGGGUUGGCCUUUCGUUGCUGUCUUAGGAAUUCCUGGAGCAGUUUAUAUUGCGUUAUGCCAAAAUCUGAUUACUUAUUUCAUAAAAUGGACCUUUAUAUGGCUCAUCGUUAUUAUGGCUCCAUUAUUAGCCAUUGAUUCAUACUACUAUGGAAAAUUGACUAUCGCCCCAUUGAACAUUGUUAUGUACAAUGUACUUUCUGGUAAAGGUCCGGAAUUAUACGGUGUGGAAUCAUGGACAUUUUAUUUUAUUAAUGGAUUCUUAAAUUUUAAUGUUGCUUUUGUCCUGGCAAUAUGUUCUUUACCCAUUUGGGUAUGUAACCAAUCAAUACCAUUGCAUUCUGUGCUAACGGUUUUAUCACCCAUGUAUCUAUGGAUUGGAAUUUUCUUUACUAGACCACACAAGGAAGAACGAUUCUUAUUUCCUAUAUAUCCUCUAAUAGCUUGUUCUGCAGCCAUGGCUCUUUCUGAAUGUCAAAAUAUAUAUAAAAAUUCACAUUCGUUUAUUCGAACAUUCUUUCGUUUGGGUGUUGCAUCGACGUUCCUCCUGUAUAUGCUGCUGUCCUUAUCCCGAACUAUGGUAUUACACAUAGGAUAUCAAGCACCGAUUGAGGUUUACAAACAGUUACCUACGUUAGUUUCGGAAUAUAAGUCAAUAAGCAAAUUCCAAGAUAUCAACGUAUGCGUAGGAAAAGAAUGGCAUCGAUUUCCUAGCAAUUUUUUCCUUCCGAAUAGGUAUACAUGCCAACUACAAUUUGUGAAAUCAGAAUUCCGUGGCCAACUACCAAAGCCGUACGAAGCUAAACCAUUGGCUACUAGAAUAAUUCCAACCGACAUGAAUGAUCAAAAUAAGGAAGAACCUAGUCGCUAUUUCAAGAUACAAAACUGCCAUAUUUUGGUAGAUUUGGAAACUUCAGUUGCUACACCGUUUGAACCAUCCUAUUCCAAAGACGUGGCAAACUGGAAAAGUAUCAUAACGUAUCCGUUUUUAGAUGCUAACCGGUCGCAUAAGCUACUCCGAGCAUUCUACGUACCUGUAUUCUCCGCCAAGAAAAUUUAUUUUAACCAGUACAUCAUAAUGACUUCUACGAAUUUGAUCAAAAUGUCUCCACAAAAAUUAUAA